GAAAGCGAUUCUUCUGAUCUCUUGACUCCUCACAACAUCACACACAAGAGAAUAAGAUGGUCAGAGGCUCAGGCAAAUUUAAGACAAAGCGUGGCGGAGGGAGGAAUUUCAGCAAACACCUCGAAAUAGACGAGAACGGAACUGCUGUAUCGCUUGAUAAACGAUGGGCUCCUCGUGAUAAAGAGGGUGAGACUGACUCAGACGAAGAGAACGAAGAAGAGGAAGAGGAGGAGGAGGAGGAAGAAGAGGAAGAAGAAGAAGGGGCCGGCGGCAGUGUCGCACAGCCUGAGCUAAGUCGUGCCGAGCGAAAGGCGCUCAAGAAGAAACAAGCGGACCAGAAACAACAAGCGGAGGGAGAGAGUGACACAGAUGCAGAUCUAAUAAAUCCCAACCAUGUCGAGAAGAAGAUGAAUAUAUCUGAUCUUGGCGCACCUCGAGAGCUAACUCGUAGAGAAAGGGAGGCGAAGGAGAAACAAGAAGCCAAGGAUCGCUACUGGAAGCUACAUGUUGCUGGAAAGACCGACGAAGCAAAGUCAGAUCUCGCUCGCCUUAGAAAGAUCAAAGAGGAACGGGAGGCUGCUCAAGCCAAGAGGAAGGCUGAAGCCGAAGCAAAGGCCGCAGAGAUAGAAGCCAAGCGCAAGGCAGCCGAGAAGAAGCGUACUUGAUUUGCUCACGCUCCAAUCGUGAUAAGACACUGAUAAUUAGUCUUGUGUGGCAUUCUGUAACUCUGUAAUCAUCCUGUGAAUGCGCUAAGUAACCAGAGGGAAUUUGCACAGUGCACGCUGUGGAAGUUAUCUGGGCGACACUCAUCCAGCCA